GAAGACAACAGCAACAACUAAUUUAGACUUUAUUUCUUUGAAAGAAGUUUGAGGUUGGCAGAAAGUGGCGAACUUUCUAUUUAGUGGUUUCGCUUUCAUUUGCGGGUUGAUUGUUUACCAGAGUGUUUGUCUCAGAAUAAGUGUUUUAAUAAUUACUAAACGUUCCAACGGCCAACAGAAUGAAUUAACUCAAUACGCGUAAAAUUCUGUCUGUCGAACUGACGAACAACUGAAUGUUUGGUUCAUGCGAAGUGUCGUGGGGAAAAAACGCGGAAAACUCCUAUAUAAAUAAAAAAAGUAGCAUCAAAACGAAGCCAUGGCAGCCGGUCUGCUUGAAGAAACGAAAAGUGUCCUGAAGUCGUUAAUUAUAUCAUGUCCGCAUGGGAUGACGGUCGAGAGGUUGAACCGAGACUACCGAGAAAUGGAAGGCAGACCGAUUCCCUACUCGCAGCUGGGCUACAACAAGCUGGAGACAUUCCUUCGUGCGAUCACAGACACGCUUAUAGUAACGGGUUCGGGCUUCAAUGCCACGGUCACAGCGAUCGCUUCUGAAAAGACCGCGCACAUCGACAAGAUGGUAACAAAGCAGAAGAGUUCAACCAGGAGACGAGCACGCUUGAAAACUGAUAAGGACGAAAACUCAACUUACGCCAUUCAGCCGAGAGGAUCCCCGCAGUACUUCCACUAUAAUCAGCAAGAGAGGCCGCAACGACCAUAUGUACCGCAAACAUCGUAUGGUCCGCCAACCCCAAAUGGCCAUCUAAACCCAUCACUACUUCAACAACAGGCAUACCUACAAAAUGCCUACAAUCAACAGCAACAGGUGCAGCAAGUGCAACAAGCGCUACAUCAAGCGUUUUUACAAAAUUGCCUUGGACUAACAAGACCAUGCACGCCUAAUUCGCUUUCUAAUUUAAUCCAUCAUCCGUUAUUCCCUUAUGGACAAAACAAAUUUGAUAAUUGGCAAAAUUUUCAGUAUUCAAUGCAAAGAAGAGGUCAACCGACGAAUUAUCCUCAGACUAAUUCGGAAAUUCCGCUUCUGAAUCGUUUAAAUCGGGGAGAAUUGAAUGUUCCUAGUAGUCAUCGGAAUGAAAAAUCUCAAGUAGAUUAUAAUUACAAUUUAAGUGAGAAAAGCAAAGAAGUGAACGAACGCCAGUCACAACCAAGCAAUGGUUCGAAUCUAGGCAAUAAUAAUUGUUAUGAUAGUAAAUUACCUAUGCAAAAUGGUAAUUGUUCUAAGUCGAAGUCUUCCGGAUCGGAUGACCAAUCUCGAAGUAGUCACGAACCUCAAAAUGAGCUCCAACAUUCUAACCUGCAAUUAGCCGAAACGAAUGGAAGGACUAGUAGCGGCAGGACGUCUUCAUCUUUUUCCACACUAUCUAGGAACACAGCUAGCGGUGGCCGAUCCAAUGCCAAUGUGGCAGAGACCACAACCGCUCAUCACGAAAAUACUGUAGCCGAUGCAUUGGGAGAAUUAUCGAAAGAAUGUUUGGGUGAAUUAGAGGAGCAAUUUGCUGCAAUGAAUCUGCACACCAAAAUGAGUGAUUGUAAACGCGAAGACAAUAAAUCAAUUGAGUUCGAGGCUGUGCCUGAACUGCAAAAGAAUGAUAUUGUAUUUCAAAUUGACUAUCCGGUUAAUACGGUGAAGUAUGGAGAGACGAUUCCACCAUCGGAACUUCCAACGAAUCUCACCGAGUUGGACUGGUUUGGAGUUUUUAUAACGGAGAUUCACAACCCUUACAAGUUUUGGUUUCAUCUUUACAAAGAAAAUCAUGAAUUGGACACAUUAAUGCAACAUAUCGAGAACAUUUAUACAGGAUUGAGUCCUAGUGAAUUACACUUGCAUCGAUCAUGUUUUAAACCUGGACAAGUGUGCUGCGCCUUAUUCACGGGAAUGUGGCACCGCGCUCAAAUUUUAGAAGUGCCGGACGUUAAUAAAGUAAAAGUAUUUUUCGUUGAUUACGGAACCGUAUCUUCGGUACAAUUAUCGGAAGUGAAGUACUUACUAUCCGAGUUUUCUUCACUGCCCUCUCAAGCACUGAGAGGAUCAUUAGCUCAUAUAAGACCAGUGCAGCAUCGAUGGAGUCGAGAUGCGACAUUCACUUUCCUAGAUAUGGUCAGCGAUUUACUUUUAUAUGCUAAGGCAACUGAAGUUGAUUACAAGGAAAAAGUUGUAACGAUGAUUUUAACUGAUACAAAUAAGAAAGUUGAUUUUCAAAUAAACGAGGCACUGAUACGCAAAGGCCAUGCUAGACUAAGUUCAUCAAUUGCACCGAAUGCUCCUGAAUCAUCACAGCAGAACACGAAAAAGGGCAGAAGACACUUUCAGCAGUUGUAUCCAACAUUUGAUAUGCUUGAAACUGGAGAAUAUCCAAGUUUCGAGGAGAUAUCCAUCCUACUAACGAAAGGAAUUGACUUUGAAAGCUUACAAGACGAAAACAUCAUCCCUGAUUUCGAUGGAGGACAUAGUAUUGAUGAAAUAGCAAAAAAAUUAACCAAUCCCCAAGUUCCCGUGUCCUGCCUAGACGAUGUCACUGACAUAGUGGAUCCAUCCAGAUCGAUUUGCAACGGCGCCCCGACUGCAGAGCAUUCUCAUGAGCUAGUAUUAGCGAAUACUUCGGACUAUGACAAUUCAAGUAUAUCAUCAUUAUCGGAAAAUUUGAAUCCAUUUCUGCCUCCACCCACUUCCGACUCUGGCGGUUACGAUACAUCGUCCGAACCAAAUACAAAAAAUUGUAUAGAAUAUGCUGAAAGUGCCUUUGAUCCACGAACAAUAAAAAUUAACCCAUCUAAUCCGUUUCUCUCAGAUUCGGACUUUGAGCCGAAUCAAAGGUAUUUCAACGGAGUGGCUGACAAACCAGAUCCAGUGCUAUACAGUGCUCCACAGCAUGUUGAAGCUCAACAGAAACCACAACAGCAGAUCACCACCGUAACUCAACAGCAAACAUUUUACGGUCGUGCGCCGCCAGGAUUUAGUCCAAUCUUACCUCCAAAUUUUCACUUUUCGUCGAUGAAUAGUUCCGUAACGUUCGGGGGUCAGAUUAACGAAACCACAAUGCCUCCUUUCAAAGUGGUUCGAGCUCCUCCUGGAUUCGAGCGCGUCGUGCCUAAAGUACGAAAUAUUUUUCAGUAAGCUUUGGUGUUUCUGAUUUAAAUGACCUUGGGUCCGGUAUUUAAACAAAGGCCUUCAGAGAGAUUUUGGAAAAUUUACUGUUUUAUAUUAAGAUAGCGCAAGAAUGGAGUAGCGACGGUUAUUAAAUUUUUAUUCGAAAAUUUCAGCUUUUAGACUAUGGUCGAGCUUAACGAGCUUUAAUUAGAGAGAAACGCAAGGUCUGACUACAUCUUCACAUUAGAUUUCAGCACGACAAUUUUGUAUUUGGAACGAUCGCCAACGAAUUCAUUUUUACCAUUUUAUGCAUUUUUUUGUUCUCUUGAUAACUUGACAUUGGUCAUUCUUUUCUUUAUAUUUUCUCGGUAAUAUAUUGUGUUAUUAACAAUCUCAAUUGCAAAUAAGGAAUACGAAAGAGACUUGUUGACGUCCUAAAAUAUAAGUAAUCCUAACCGAAGGGAAAGAUAAUCUGAAUGUUCAUAUAAAUGUUAUAAUUUUUACGGUUUUAUAACGUGUGGUAUGUGAACUGAAAACAUGGUGACAUGCUUUGUACAGCGCUUGUAGGUAAACAAUAUAAAAUAUUGUAAAAUCUACUGUGUAGACCUUACCAGAUAAUAUUAAGAAGUAUUAAGACAAAUAUUGUUCAACGUAUGCAGAAGAUGCGUUUUAUUUUGUAAUAAAAAUUAUUCAUGUUAUAAAA